GUGACAGAACAGAGUGGGAACAAGAACCAACUUAGAACCAGAGGUUGGUCGCUUCUUUUCGCUCAAAAGUAGUUUUGCAUGUUUCCCCUAAGAACCUUUUGGAACAACAAGAUUAAGAAGAAUACACACUCAGCUGUUUCCAAACUCCUCUCUCUGACACUUACUUGUCCUCCAGUGAUCCCAGUUCGUGCAUCAGGUGCGGUGUGAGAGCCUUGAGUCAUUUAUAGUAGGCAGAUCUAAUACAAACCCAUUGACGGUGUUUGUGAGGACGGAUCGAGAAAGUCAAAAGUGCAUUUUGCUUAUGUGUUUAUCAAUAAGCAGAGUCUUUUACUUAGUGACCAGUAGGUUUUGGUUGGCAGGGUGGGUGUAGAUGGCCCUAGCUCAACAGAGAGUGCCUUUAACUAACCACUAGCUCCUGAUUGGCAAUGCUCCACGUCCACGAAAAGCGAUUGUGAAUUUAUAAGGCCAGCAAGCGUUACCUUGCUUACAACAAGUCGUCUUCCUGUUGUGUGAAGAGAAAGCUUUAUCGAGUGCCUGGUUUCACUCUGGCGUGUCUCAAAAACCUUGGGGAAAUCUUGAUUCUCAAAACGAUGAAUCUGGAUCUGAUCAAUCUCAUAAGGACGAUUGAACUUCUCACCAGGGCCUGAUCUGGCUCUGAUCCCAAAGCCAACUCAAGGCAUUGCGGUCUAGUGCUCCUAAAAUAGCUUCUCGUGUCUCUUUAGCCCUCCCUCAAGGUUACCACCACCCAUGUACUACUUGAGCGAGCUCAUUGCUCGUUGAUAUCUUUGCAUGUGAAGUGAUCCGUGACCGCAUUGAGUGCGGUUGUUGUUGUUGAUUAAAUCAAACCACACAACCUUGAACAUGGAUUUCCCUAUCGGUGGAGACUUGGUGAAUCCUCUGGCCUCGCAAUUCGGUCAUCUAUCUCUCCAAGAUAAGGCCUUUUUAGACGCCUUCAAUCGUCAAGAGCAGCAAGAGCUCCACGGCGUUCCUAGGCCUGCUCCCGUAGAUCCCACGUCUCUUUUGGGCCAACUGGAACAAGUGACCCAAAUCAGCCGCCUUCAGCGACAAGGGUCCGUUCAAUCUAAUUCGUCCGGAGACCAAGGACCCGUUGCCCAACCCCGGCACCAUGAGGUGGUGGCCGAAUUGGCCUCUGAAGAGAUUCGAUGGUUCUUCAAGCGUGAGGUGGACAAAGAUUGGGCUCCUUUCAUGGGGUAUGACUCGUUAAGGAUAGAGCUAAGGUACCGACACAUCUGGCAAACUAAAUGGAGCGAAGUCGACCGACGAACCAACACGAUCGACAUGAGGAGUCGUGCGGCUCAACCCGGGCCCAGAGGCCGUCGAGCCCGCAGUCUGAAUCGUGUCCACUACGACCGUUCCCAAUCUGCCCUGGGCAAUGGUUACGAAGACGAAGAUUAUCUGGACGAUGCAGCCUCGGAGCGAGUUGGCAAUGCAGGUGUCAGUUUCAGUGAUGACUACCCAAGUGGACAUAACUACUACGCCUCGUCACCCUCAGCCCGCCAAGGGGGAUCUGGAAGCAGUGGCUACUCCUCACGAGGGCGGUUCCGCUCCCACAAACAGUACCGCUCCGCUGAUAAUUUCAUGGAAGAUGAUCGUGACAUGCAUAUCGUGGUGAGGGGUGGGGUUUACGAGGUGGACCUCGCCGAAUGGAAGUGUCACUCUCUUUAUUGGCCGGGCGAGGCCUUUGACAUUAUGCGUGGGACUUGGUUCUAUGAGACCACCUGGCAACCGGUGCAGUGUGAAUAUGCCGAUAGGAUCGAACAAGAACACCUCCAACGCUUCUUGGGCCACAAAAUGGCCGAUUACGUGUGGGACACAUCCACGAGUCAACGCCUCGAGAAGCAGGUAAAACCCCGAGUCCACCACACAACGAGUUUUCCAGAGUUCCACGUAGAUUGGAUGUCCCCUGAGGAGGUGUACCUUCAUCGAGAGAAUACGUCGUCCCAAAUUUAUCGGGGAAUAUCCGCAUCAUUGGGCUUCAAGAAACCCACGGGUUACCGUCUCUUCAGAGGCUACAAGGAACUCUGUCAGCAUCAAGACCGACUUCCGGAUAUCACUCAUAUUGUGUUUGUGGUACACGGUGUGGGGCAAGUUGUGGACGAUACGACCAUCAUCCGGAACACAAACAUCAUGAGGGACAAUGUGAAUUCCAUUCAGAAUAAGCACUUUGCCAAACAAGUCAAGGACACGGGACAACGGAUCGAGUUCUUCCCCGUUGAAUGGAGAAGUUCACUGCGAUUGGACGAAGGCAUGGUCAAGCAUAUCACGCCUCAAAGGAUCAUGGGGCUUAGAAACUUGCUCAACUCGUCAGCCAUGGACAUCAUGUACUACACAAGUCCACUCUACCGGAUGGAAAUCUGGCAGACUCUCCAAGAAGAAUUGAACCGAUUGUACGAGAUGUUUGUGCAACGGAAUCCUUAUUUUGAGGCCAAUGGGGGCAAGGUCUCGAUUGUGGCCCACUCUCUCGGCUGUGUUGUAACAUACGAUAUUCUUACGGGGUGGACCCAGGAUGUGGAACACUCAUGGUAUAACCUACAAACCCGAGGAGGAGGAGUCCAAGACUUGAAGCGAAGUAGACGCUUUCGUCCUCCAAGCGCCGGUCCAGGGUCGACAGGAGCUCAGGCCCAAUCCGGCUUGCUUUUCAGAAUUGAAAACUUUUUCUGCUUGGGCUCCCCACUGUCUGUUUUUUUGAGCCUACGAUGGAGAGACCCUUCAAACCAAGAGUAUCAUGAUCACAUUCUACCACGAUCGCUGUGCAAAUAUCUCUAUAAUGUUUAUCAUCCUUGUGACCCGGUGGCAUACCGUGUUGAGCCCAUCUUCAUGAAAUUCUAUGGAAAAGUCGAGCCCAUCCACCUGUACAAUGUGAUGGAUCCCAAUAAGGUGUGUUAUUCGGACCUGCCGUUACAGCCCCUUCAAAACGCCCGCAAGGAAGGAGACAAUGCGACGGAUCCCAGUUCUAUGCUCCCCGUGAAUAUUGCCAAUGGUUCUAUCAACGUGUCCAUGGGAAAAUUACUUCCCACCCAGGCAGCCAGCCUCCCCAAGAUGCCGUCGAUGUCACCCUCCCUGAGUUUGCCAAAAAUGCCCUCAGUUCCUGGGGUUCCAGGCUUGAGUGGAACGACAACGGGGUCAACUACGUUGCAUAGCUCAACUUUGAAUAACACUUCAAUGGGCGGGGCCGUCAAUCAGGUGGGACAGGCUGCUAGCGGUAUGUUUAGUGGUGUCAUGGGCAUGGUCAAAGAUGCUGCUUCAGUGGUGACCCCUGGUUCCAGUACCUCUUCCUUCCCGCCCACCACGAGGAGUUACACCACAACCACUUCAACUGCCAGACCAGGAAUGCCCCCAAUAUUGCCGACAACCACACGAGGUGUGGCCCAAACAACCACCUCUAGUACUUCUGGCUUCAACUUCAGGACCGGAUUGUCGUCCGUUAUGUCCCCUUCGCCACCAACGAACAAUAAUGCAGCAGGAACGUCUUCAAAUUCGAGCCCUUCACCUGCACCAUCCUACACUCAAGAAAUGAAACUUCCCGACGGACAACGGCUAGCUUACCGAAUGGACUACGUUUUGAAGGAGACUGGCAACACUUACAUUGCGGCAGUGACCUCUCACACAUCGUACUGGUCAAACCCAGAUGUGGCGUACUUCAUUCUUUGUAAAAUCUUCCCCGAACUGGAAUACUGCAAUCCGAACCAGUCAUCUGGAUUGCCCUCAAAUGCGUCCUCCUCGUUAGGUAGUCACCCAAUGGGGUUAGGCAGCCAUGCAGCCAGUCACCACAUGGCCUCCACUUCCUCUUUGCCUAAUCAAGUCUCCGCUUCCUUAGGAGGGGGGUUAGGAGGCGGCGUUCCACCCAUGGGGGCUUCCACACACCAGAUGGCAUCCCAAGCAGCGGCCUCAUCGAGCAUGGGUAUGAAGGGUGUCCCCACUGGAGUACAACACCAACAUUUACAGGCGUCAUCCCAACUUGCACAUCACCAAGUGCCUCCCUAUUACUCGGUCUCUCACAGUUCACACCCGUCUUCGACGCCCCCUUCAUCUCAAUCGCACGGCUAUCAUCAUCGAUAGGAAUAGAAGCCUACGUUUUUGGCAUUUUUACUCAAUUUCCUGGGAUCCUCCUCGGAUGGAGUUCAUUUCCUUUUUUGUUGCGCAAUUAUCUGGAAAUCCAACAGCAACGUGACCCGAGAGAACAUUUAGAGAAAUGGAAGGAGCCCACGGAACUGGAAAAGCCGCUCUCCCCUUGACGAACAAUGGAAUAUUUCUUAUUGUCAGAAUUUCUGACACUCAGUAUUAUUAUAAUGUACGUAGAAGUUCACUCCCCGUUCCAUCUCAUCCACUUUUCCUCAUUCAAUCUCUCAUUCAGUCGGUUCCAUCUUGGAAAAUGUGAUAAAUUAGGAGCAUUCACCACAUAUCCUCAACCACUCAUUUCUUUCUCUCUCUUCUUCUCGAUAUAUAUAUAUAUAUAUUGGCAGAUUACAAUGGGCAGCGGACCCAUUUACAAGGCUUUUAUGGCAUUGAUAGGGUGUCAUGGAGCAAUUGGACAUUUCCAUCCGUAGUACAAUCUCCAGAAUUGGUUGAAAGCCUAUCGCAGAGUAUGUCUUGAUCCUAGUUGUAAAAACCGUGUCUGCUAAGAAAUAAAAAAGGAAGGACGUCCUCUGACGAAUAACUUCAUGCAACUUCAGAGCUCAGAGAGAGGGGCUGAAAUUCAAACUUGAGAAGGGAAAGGUAGGGUUGGCCGAAGCAUCAUAAAAUAUUGGAUUAUGCAAAUCUUGUGAGCCUUUCAAUUCCUUCAAAUCCGAGUAUGUCUCCGAAUCUAGUGCUCUUGAAGUGUUUGAAGACUUCCGUGUGAUCUUUUUCGACUGUGUAAAGUUACAUAAUUGUGUUCAUCUAUGGCCAACGAGGUUCUUAUUUUUCUCAUUCCUCCUUUAUUUUUCUCAUUCCUCCUCAUUCGGAGGGGCAUUAGAAAAAUCUUCGAUUUGGGCUUCGGAACUCGGCGUUAAAGUCCAUUGGAGCAAAACUGGAGAAAGUUUGGACGCCUUCCAUCUUGCCUGCACACCUCAACGAGCCAGGAAUGAAUCUGUCGAGGAAACUUUCGUCCGGCCACCCUAACUUCCCCGUUUCCCGUCAUUUCGCAAAGUUCCAGACAAAAACCUCCUUAGUUCUCGACAACCUUCUCAACCGUUCCUAAAGAUACGAACAAUCCUGCUUUAUAACGACAUAUCCUCCACAGAAGAAUCAUCAAUUUUGAAAUCAUCGG